AUGCCAGCUUCAUUGUUGGAUUUAUUAAACCUGGGGUGUGUUGGUCGUAGCUCCCAAGUAAAGGAAGUUUGGCUUAUUUGUUUCACCAUUACUUUGUGGUUUAUAUGGAGAGCUAGAAACAAAAUUAAGCAUGAUAAUUGUGUGGUUACUGUGGAGGCUACGAAGAGGUUAAUUAUAGGCCAUGUUCAACCUGCUAGUAAACUAGCCACAGGGAGCAUGUAUAAUUCAGUGGUUGAGCUUCAAAUCUUAGAAUUUUUUGGGGUUAGUUUGCGACCUCGUCGGACUCCAAGGAUUAUUGAGGUUAAUUGGAUUCCUCCAAUUAUGGGAUGGGUGAAGAUUAAUACAGAUGAUGCAUGGCAACGUGUUUCGGGAAAAGCAGGUUACGGUGGAGUGUUUAGGGACUAUCAGGGCUCUUUUAAGGGUGCUUUUGCUUCUAAUCUUGAGAUUCCUAGUUCCGUCGAUGCGGAGAUCAUGGCGGUUAUUCAGGCAAUUAAGCUUUCUUGGGUUAGGGAGUGGAAGCACAUUUGGCUUGAAGUUGAUUCAGCUAUGGUACUUAAUUUCCUGUGUGCACCCCAUCUUGUUCCAUGGAGGUUCCGUGUUGCUUAG